UUAGUCAUGUGACUGUCAUGGCGGACUCCAUGCCGAACUUGUAUACAACCUGACGCAGCUAAAAUCGAAAGUAAAACGCACUUCCUUUCCAAGUAAAAGACGCAAACGAGUUUAAUGAAUUUUCAGUGUUGAUUCGAUUAAUUUUGUUCAAUAAUUUUGACUCAUAACAAUUCGUAGAGUCAUCCGACCGACAGCAUGGAAGUUGAAUGAUGCCCUUUGCACUGAUUUUGAGACCCUUCUUGCUACAAACUGAAAAGCUAUGAAUGCAAUCAUUGCCUUGUGUCAUUUUUGUGAAUAUCAUGGUCCUACGGUAUUAUUUUGUACUCAGGCAUUUCGCUGUGAUGAACAUGACCCAGUUGGAAGUGACAACAUUUCAAUAUCUAAUGGAGUCCAGGCAUGUGCCAAAAGCUGUUUUAAGCGGUCAAUCUCAGUUAGCUCUGUUUCUGAGGGAGGUACUUCCAAUGCUCAUCUGAAAUCUAGUCAGUGUGAGGCUUGUCAUUCACUGGACACUUCUCAUUCUGGCUAUAUUAGUAUCGACAAAGAAGCACAUAUUGGCUACUAUAGCAACCGUAACCCAAGGAAACAAGAAGUAUACAGUAUGGUACGACAAGCAUGUGUUAGAAGUUUAAGCUGUGAGGUGUGUCCUGGUCGAGAAGGACCCAUGUUCUUUGGUGAGGAAUCCAGUGGUUAUGUUUUUACACAUACUUUCUUUCUGAAGGACAAACAGUCAAGAGGAUUUCAGAGAUGGUUCAGUAUUAUCUAUUUGAUGAAGGAUAAAAUCUACUUAAUUAACUCAUGGCCAUUUCUUGUAAGCAAUUUCAAAGAACUUAUUGAUGAACUUCAAGCUAAGUCCAAUGAUAUCUAUAAGUUAGAGCUGACAGAGACCACACAAAAGGGCCAAGGUUUGCAAGCAGGAGGGAAUGGAUUUGUACUAACUCCAGAUCAGUUCAGGAGRCAACGUGGUGGUCACAAAAUGUAUCGUUCUAUAGCAGAUCUUUUGAAAGAUAAGAAUCUUUAUGCCAAGAUGCACCAGCGAUUUUCCUGGAUCCUGAAAGCUUGUGGUUGUCGUAUUUCAGAAAAAUUACUUGAAGGACCACCGCAGGAAGAGGUUCUCACUAGUGAUGAUGACGAAGAAUCAUCUGCUAAUGCAUCUAAUGAAGCAAAUGCAGAAGACGUCCCUGUGUUUAAAUCAAUUCGACACAUAUCUAAGAUUGUUGGUGCCAGGCAGUUUCAUCUGAUAGCUUAUCAUGUGAUCCAAGGCAAUCAAGUUAUUAUCAGGGGUAGGGACAGGAAGACUAUCACGUCAGCAUUAAAGGCCUUGAAGGUUCUUAUCCCAAAUGGUUGUUGUAGAUGUACCUACUAUAGCAACGAAUACAAGGAUUCAUGGCGUUGUAAUUUCCUGGGUUUGGCCCCAACAGUAGAGAUUCCAGUCCAUGUUUUGUCAUCAGAUCUUUUUGUUUUGAUUGACAUCAACCAUCCCAUCCGUCUGAUCACCGAGACAGCUGAUAGCGACAAAGACAACUUCACAGAUUAUGACUUUACAGUUUGUGGGAAGGAAACUUCGCCAACUCCAACUAUUUUACAGAAGAUAGAGAACUGUUUAGCAAUCGAGGACCUUUCAGAAAGUGUUCUUGAGCAGAUGCUGUUGUGCCUCAAGGAAGAGUGGAUGGACAAAGUCAAAGUUGUAUUCAAAUUUUCCCGGUCUGGUCCCACAAGCGAUGAAAACAAAGAAAAAUUACUGCAAGUUCUCGGUACAAAACCCGAGGAUGAGAUCGUGUUAAAGUUUUGGAUGACAGGCCUUAAUCGGCAGUAUCGCAGUCAUCUUCUGACAUGUUCUAGUCACGACGGACCUCCUCCAGCGKCRUCACCUCCAUCGACUUGAAKCGGGGCGUGGCAUAUCAAUGAUGUAAUGCCGAUCACAUAAAAUCAUCGGGACAUGUGCGGUUCUCGUCAACUGCGUCAUACGGUGCUAUCAACCAGUCGUUCAAGACUAGAUCACUAUAACUCAAUGUUAAAAGCUAGCAAAUCCAUCUCAAGACUCUUGAGUGAAAGCAAGUGCUUAUAAAAGAACACAGAAAGUCUAUCAACCGAAUAUAAUCGCUUUUCGCAGCUACAAUCGAGCUAUCGAACGGGGAAAUACUUGCCUGUACCUGAAUUAAAUUAAAACGUUUCCAUGUGAUUCAGUUUUAUUCACUAAAAUCUACAAAAUCUAUUUUACAGAAUAAAUUUCAGUAACAAAUUA